CGGAGGGGGGGGGGGGAGGAAUGGAGGAAUGGAGGAAUGGAGGAAUGGGCAGAACAGGGAUGUCGGGGGCGGAUUGGCAGCAUGUCAUGGUGGCCGCCCAAGGCCCAGCCUUUUCCCUACGUGUCAUUUUCCCUUCGUUUUGUUUUGUUCUUCGCUGGCAGGGUGGCGUUUGGCAUGGGUUCAUUGCGGACUUUGAUGUUCUGUGCGUCGCGUGUAUUCAUACAACAAUCUACUAUGGGAUUCAAUCUUAUUUGACGGC